AUGAGAGAACAUCAGCUUGGUCAUUGUGCACAGAACCCUUACAGAGAUGACGAAUGUGGGAAUGUCUUUCCUCAGUGCUCAAAGCUGAUGACCCAUCCAAGUACUCAGGGCCAAGAGGCGCCUUGCAAAUGUGAGGCAUGUGAGAGAGCUUCUAACCUAGUGGCUAGCCUUCCUCAAUACAGUGGAGCUCCUCCUGGAAGGGAGCCCCCCAAAUUUAAGGAGUGUGUCCAAGCAAGGAGUUGCUCACCCCUUUCUAAACACCACAGGUACCAUAGCAGUGAUCAACACUACAAAUUUAAAGAAUGUGGCACAACUUUUAGUCAAGAACCAUCCCCUGGUAAGCACCAUAGAAUUCAUACUGGAGAGAAACCCUACAAAUGUGAAGAAUGUGGCAAAUCCUUUAAAAAUUGUUCAAACUUUUCUAAACACCUCAGAUGCCAUAGCAAUGAGGAAACCUACAAAUGUAAAGAAUGUGGAAAAGUUUUUAAGAAGUUUUCAACUCUUACUCAACACAAAAGGAUUCAUACAGGAGAGAAGCCCCACAAGUGUGAAGAAUGUGGCAAAGUUCUUACUCGAAGAGCAUACCUUACACAACACCAGAGAAUUCACACAGGAGAGAAGCCCUACAAGUGUGAAACAUGUGGCAAAGCUUUUAAUCAAAGAUCACACCUUACUCAACACCAGAGACUUCAUACUGGAAAGCAUCCCUACAAAUGUGAAGAAUGUGGGAAAGGUUUUAAUCAAACCUCAGACCUUACUGAACACCAGAGAAUUCAUACAGGAGAGAAGCCCUACAAAUGUGAGGAAUGUGGGAAAUGUUUUACUCGAAGAGGUUACCUUCCUCAGCACCAGAGAUUUCAUAGUAAAGAGAAGCCCUACAAAUGUGAAAAAUGUGGCAAAGGUUUUAGUCAAAGAGCUUGCCUUACUCAACACCAGAGAAUUCAUACAGGAGAGAAGCCCUACAAAUGUGAAGAAUGUGGGAAAGGUUUUAAUCAAAGCUCAAACCUUACAAAACACCAGAGAAUUCAUACAGGAGAGAAACCCUACAAAUGUGAAGAAUGUGGCAAAGGUUUUACUCGAAGAGCAUGCCUUACUCAACACCAGAGAAUUCAUACCGGAAAGCAUCCCUACAAAUGUGAAGAAUGUGGGAAAGGUUUUAAUCUAACCUCAGACCUUACCCAACACCAGAGAAUUCAUACAGGGGAGAAGCCCUACAAAUGUGAAGAAUGUGGCAAAUGUUUUACUCGAAGAGGUUACCUUCCUCAGCACCAGAGAUUUCAUACUAAAGAGAAGCCCUACAAAUGUGAACAAUGUGGGAAAGGCUUUAAUCAAACCUCAGACCUUACUAAACACCAGAGAAUUCAUACAGGAGAGAAGCCCUACAAAUGUGAAGAAUGUGGGAAGUGUUUUACUCAAACACAAAAUCUUACUGAACACCAGAGAAUUCAUACAGGGGAGAAGCCCUACAAAUGUGAACAGUGUUGGAAAGGUUUCACUCGAAGAACCCAUCUUACUCGACACCAGAGAAUUCAUAAUGGAGAGAAGCCCUACAAAUAUAAGGAAUCUAACAAAGCUUUUAAGGAUCCUUUGUCCUUUACUAAACACCAGAGUGUUCRUGCAGGAGAGAAUGGAAGUCCCAACCAUAGCACCCCAGAGCACCUGCUGGCUUUCCUGCACAUGCUACAAGUGCCCAGAGCCCUGGAUUGCCACGCAUUUCAGUAG